AUGUUAAAUUUCUUCAUUCUAUUCUUCUUCUUAUUCAAUAUUUUCACUAAUUACAUUGAAUGCGAAGAAGGUGAUGAUAAUGAUAAUGAAAAGACCGCCAAUAAAUGUUCAACAGCUAUUGAUCUAUUGAUACCACAUUCAGUUAGAGAAACAGCUGAAUACAGAAUCAAAUGUUUCACUUCUAAAGAAAAUGGUUUGAAAUGUUUUGCUCAUGUCAUUAAGAAAUUGAAUUUUAUCAAUGGUGUAUCCAUGUGUUCAAAACUUGGCGGGAGAAUUAUACAAGUUGUCAAUAUGGAAGAGAGUAAAUAUAUUGGUGAAUGGGUUAAAGCUACGUAUUAUGUGAAUGCAAUGAGAAAAGGCGAUAGCCAGUACUUUGAUUAUUCAAUUUAUCCACCACCGUAUGCGAAUAUUGGAUGUCGUUUAGAUGAACUAUCAAACAAAUGUAUGAUUAUUGAUUCAAAAACGCAUUUGUGGUGUCCAAAUUCUUGUGAAGAAUUACAUUCGAUUGUAUGUGAAUUUUAA